CUCUGGGUGCUUGAUAGCUCUUCGCAUACUCCUUCGUCGGACGGUGCUUUCUUACUUUCUCCUUUUUCUCUCUCAGCAUUGCCAUCAACAGAGGCUGGUCCUCUCAAAUACUGUUCAUAGGAACUAGUGCUCGUCCUCACUUCUCUGUUGCACUUCAAAACGCUCGCCCAGCAUGACCAACAUCAGCGUCAAUUUCCUCCACCUCUUCUUCCUCCUGCUUUCUCUUGGCGCCAUGGACCAGGCCAAUCAAGGAGGGGGUCCCCUGAGAGGCGCUCGAGCAGCUCCCGUGCUGCCCUCUACCGUCUCCGCCUCGCCCUCCCGUCGAGGUUCAAUCGUCGUCGAUGGCGGUCCGGCUUCGGAGGCCGCUACUCCCGACAGGAGGGGUAGUCUGCUGGCGGGGCCUCGCGUGGCCUCCGUGUCGCAAGUCUCAGCUCGCCGUCUGAGCUCUGCAUCUAUCAGCUCAGAUCGUCGGAGAGACUCCAUCUCGGGCACCCCGGGCCGAAGAAUGAGCUCCGUUUCCAUCACCCCCGAAAGUCGGAUGGGAUCCAUUUCGAAUCCGUCCGGCCGACGCAUGAUCUCUCUUUCCGCCGCACCAGAUCGCCGACGCAGUGCUCUAGCAGUGCCUGCGAGCGAUCUCAGGAGAAAGUCGAGCUACGGACUCCUUUCCACCAUUGCAAGAGACAUUGGCGAGGAUGACGACGACGACGAUGAGGACGCGCUGAGCGACGAUGACGAUGAUGAUCCUGAUUCCAGCGUUAUUCACUUCCCGGUGAUCAAGGGACGUAACGCGAGCGGGACUCAAGGCGUCUCCUUGGAGCUACGAGAGCUUGAGUCCAAAUCCGGCGCCCAUCCCCAGAUGCUUCUGCAGCACCACCUCAACACAGCGAACGCUAAGCUCGCCAGAAUGGCGGGUCUCGAUCCAUUCACCGAAGAGGACCGAGCAAAUGCGCUGCAGCGACGGAGAGAGUCCAUCAUCGAAGAUGUGCAGCGUCGGUCUUUACAGGAGCCACGGAGGGUGCACAGUGGUCGCUUUGGCUUCGCACCUUCCUUUGCGGCAGGCGCCGACUCGAAGAAAGACGAGGCCGCCGCUCGUCGUGCCCUUGACUUCGAGGAGCAAGACCCUUUAACCCCGAAUGCUGUUCCCGUACGCAACCCAUUCGAGGCCCGUGAAGGACAGAAGGUGGAAGAAGAUGCAGCUGAAGCUGGCGACGAGUCGAUCGUUGAGGUGGCCUCGGACUUUCCCCUCGUGGAGCGAGGGCCAAGUGAAGAUGAAGACUCUCAUGAGCUCGACCGUCGAGGGACCUACAAUAUCGCUAAGCUAGGGUUUCCAAAGGCGGCUUUGAAGGCUUCCGAGAGUGAGACUUUGAUGACUGCCGAGGCAACAUCCCACUCUGGUUCCCUGGGACUGGCGAUUGAGGCCAACGACAUCGGAUACAUUGCCAAUGUCACCAUUGGUGGAGCUGGAGCUUUCAGGGUGCUGAUUGACUCUGGCUCUGCCGAUACGUGGGUUCCCUCGACGGCAUGCACCGAUUGUGGCAGCCACAAGCAGUUGGGCUCCUCUACUUCAUCGACGUACAAGUCGGGCAGCAAGAACUUCUCCAUCACGUAUGGAACAGGAUCCUUGUCAGGUCAUACAGCCACGGAUACGCUCAAAAUCGGAGGCUACUCUCUCCAGAAUAAGACUUUGGGCGUGGCAACCAAAGAGUCAACCGACUUCUCGUCUUCGGAAACGCCCUUUGAUGGUCUCAUGGGUCUCGCCAAUGCCCAGCUCGCCAGUACUGGUGCUCCAACGCCAAUCGAUUCGCUGUACUCCAAAGGUCUAGUCAGUCAACCAGUGAUGGGUUACCAUCUCGGCCGCUCUGCAGAUGGCCGGAGUAACAACGAUGGCGAGGUGACCUUUGGCGGAGUGAAUAGCGACAAGUACACCGGUAGCUUGACUGUCUUCGACAACUACUCUACGCAGGGCUUCUGGGAGGCAAAAUUCUCCCAGGUAUCUUUUGGUGGCAAGGCGAUCAGUCUGACCGGCUCUUACACUCGCUCUGCCAUCUUGGACACAGGAACAACUUUGAUCGUAGCACCGCAGGCAGACGCAGAUGCCUUCCACGCUGCCAUCCCCGGUUCCAAGUCCGAUGGCUCCGGAGGCUACACGAUUCCUUGUACGACCUCCAAGCAAGUGGCAUUCACCAUUGGCGGCAAGACAUGGAAGAUGGACCCUCGAGAUAUGCUCUUCCUACCGGUUGAUUCGAACAAUCUAACAGGAGAAUGUGUCUCGGCCGUCAGUGCUGGCACGGUUGGGACGACGGGAGAGUGGCUGUUUGGUGCCGCGUUCCUGAAGAACGUCUACUUUGCCACCAAUGCAAAGACAAAUACGAUUGCGUUGGGUAAGCUGGCCGAGACUUAGCAGGUGUAGCACGAUAGCAUAGCCGGUGAUGGACGUUGAUGUGCAGGUGUGGCUGGCUGUGCACGCUCUGUGCUUGUAGUCUAAUCCUAUAUGCUCCCCUGCUCACCACCUGUCAAGCGCAUCUUGCUGAUCUUUCCGCUGCUGCAUCGUCUCGCCUUCCCGCCUCCACAUCCCGAUCGAUCGCCUGCU